ACUUUUAGGGGCUUUCCGGCCGUUCGGUUUUUUUUUUUUUCUUUCCAUCCCCUCGGAAGGGGCUCGGAGCCCCCGGGAUCAUGGAGGGGGCGGCGGGCGCGGAGCGCGGCGGGCGCCGUUGAACCGGAGCCGGUCGCGGCGCACCGGAGCCCCAUGAGCGGCUGAGCGGGGCCGGGCGCCCACCGCCCGUCCAUGGGCGCGCUGGAGCCGCUCAGCGGACCCCCCCGCGCCGCCCUCCCCAUGCUGAGCGGCGCCUCUAAAGAGCCCCCCCGGGAGCCCCCCGCUUAUUACAGCGAAGCGGGGGCUCCGGAGCUCGGCUCCCCCCCGCUGCCCUACGGAGCUCCCGCAGUAGCGGGCGGCCGCUUCCUGGGGCCGUGCCCGAGCUACCGAGCCCCGCCGCCCGCUCCGACCGCGGGGAGCGCUUAUGGGGCGGCGGCGGCGGCGGUGGGAGAGGGCUAUGCGGGCGCGGAGCUGUACGAGGGGCCGUACGGUCCCGGAGGAACACCGGCGCUGUGUCCCCGAGCCGGACCGCUGUGCGCGCUGCCCGGAUACCGAGCGGCCGGGAAGGUGCAGGUGAUGCUCAACAAUUUCCCGCUGUGGGCCAAAUUUCACAAACAUCAGACCGAGAUGAUCAUCACCAAACAGGGCAGGCGCAUGUUCCCGUUCCUCAGCUUCAACCUGUCAGGACUCAACCCCGUGGCCCAUUACAGUGUGUGCGUGGAUGUCGUGUUGGUGGACCAGCACCAUUGGCGUUACCAGGGCGGCAAGUGGGUGCAGUGCGGCAAGGCUGAGGGCAGCAUGCCAGGGAACCGCCUCUAUCUGCACCCCGACUCGCCCAACACCGGCGCGCAUUGGAUGCGCCAGGAGGUUUCCUUUGGGAAGCUGAAGCUCACCAACAACAAGGGCGCAUCCAACAACGUCGGGCAGAUGAUCGUGCUGCAGUCGUUGCAUAAGUACCAACCACGGCUGCAUGUGACGGAGGUGAAGGAGGGGGAGGGCGAAGCUGCGUACCCCUCCCCACAUACCCACACCUUCGCCUUCCCUGAGACACAGUUCAUUGCUGUCACUGCUUACCAGAACGCCGACAUCACUCAGCUGAAGAUCGACCACAACCCCUUCGCCAAAGGCUUUCGGGACAACUUUGACUCGAUGUAUGGAGCCUCAGAAGGCGACCGCCUGACCCCCUCCCCACCGGAUGGCUCCGGCUGCCCCCAGCUGCUGCCGAGCCCCCGCUUUCAGCCCUUCCUGCAGGAGCAGUACCCGCUGCCCCCAGGGCGCUUCUUCAAUGGGGAACGGGGUCCCCCCCUCCCCCUACCCCCCAAGGACCCCCCCCGAUGGUACUUUGCCCCCCAGCAGCCGCCCACCACGGCGAUGGAGUACAGCGGCUAUGAGGGGGGGUACAGCGGGGGCAAGCUGGUGCCCUAUGGGGUGAAGCCCUUUGCUCUGCCACCCGCCACCCAUCCACCCCUGCCGUAUUACCCCGAGGGGCCGGGGGCGUUCGGGGGGCCGGGGGGGACCUGGGGGGGCACGGGGCAGUACGCACACAAGGGCAGCCCCGGGGCCCUGGGCUGGUACCGGGAGCCUCGUGAGGAGAAAGGCAAGGAGGAGGGCUGGCCCCCCGAGCCCCCUGCCGUCAAGCCGGGUGAUGCCGCCGAGCCGGGGCUGUACGAGGGGGGGUGCAAGCGGCGCCGUGUGUCCCCCUACCCCUCCAGCACUGAAAGCUCGCCCCCCGCCCGCAACGGGGACCUCUACGACAAGGAGCCGGGCACCGACAGCGGCUACUACGGCUUCUAUGGGAACUGAGUUGCGGGGGGGGGGGGUUCGGACCCCCCCAUCUCAAGCACCCCCAGGAAGGGUUGGGUAUCUCAGAGCCACCCCCUGGGGCUGGAGCUGAGCCCAGUGCAGGGUAU